AUGUUUGCAAGUUUCUUCCAAAAACUCUCGGCACCAGAGGCAGUCCAAAGCUCGCUCAUCAAACAGGUAAAAUUCAUCAAUGGUACUCCAACAUUGGAGUAUGAGGAUGAUGAGUUUGAAAAGCUCAUUGCUCCGCAUCGCUUGAGCCUUGUAGGGAAGUUUUCGUAUGGUCGCCCUAAGAUGGAGGAAAUACAUAAGGAGUUCAAGAAAAUUGGAUUCAAUGGUGACUAUACAUUGGGUUUCAUGAACCCUAGACAUAUUCUAAACCGAUUUGAGGAGGAAGAUGAUUAUCAAAGGGCAAUAGCGAAGCCGGCUAAUGAGUCGCAGUUGCAAACCCUAGCUGCCGUACCAGAGGCGCGCGCUGGGGAAUCGACUUCUGGUCUAUCCAAGAAGGAGAAGAGUGACGUUCCUGUUGAUGUCUCAAACAAUCCUACCUUGGUCGAUGAUAGUGAAAAUAAGAUUAGUAGCUCUCCUCCUAUGGCGGAGGAAGCUCCUGUUUUGGAAAAUUCUAAUCGUUAUGCUGCUCUAGAGGAAGUCUCAGUUGAAGUUGUUGAUGAGGAAGAAGUAGUGAAGGUGGCAGAUGUAUUUGAGGAAGAUGCUAUGCUAUCACAUGAAAUUCAGAAUAUCUCUGAGUUAGUUGAAGCCCCGCGCGAUGUACCUUUGUUGGCUACCACAAGUCCUCUUGAUGUGGGAACCUAUUUGGACGAUGGAGUGUUGGGAAUGUCAGCUGAUGAUGAUUAUCGAGUCAACAUUGAUGAAUGA